AUGCCUAGUAUGAGAAAAUACCGACGUGACACAACCGAAGUCAGCUGUUGUUUAAAAUAUGUAAUUUUUGGUGUAAAUGUAUUAUUUUGGUUUUUGGGUCUAAUUGUAUUGGCCAUAGGUGUGUGGGCUUGGUCUGAGAAGGAUACUUUCAAUAAUCUUUCUCGCUUGACAAAUAUUGCUUUGGAUCCUGCAUUUAUUUUGAUAUGUGUUGGUACAAUAACAUUCAUAAUUGGCUUCACGGGAUGCGUCGGCGCCUUGCGUGAGAACACGUGCUUGUUAGCGUGUUAUGCAGUGUUCCUUGCUCUUCUUCUGUUAGCUGAGAUGACUGCUGGAAUACUGUUCUUUGUUUUUAAAGACUGGAUAAAACAACAAGCAACAACCGGCUUUCAAUCUUUCAUCACGAACUAUAGAGCGGAUCCUGACCAACAGAACUUGAUAGAUUGGAUACAAGAAGAUUGGUUACAAUGUUGUGGUGUGGAAGGCCCUCGGGAUUGGGAUAGGAACGAUUAUUUCAACUGCUCGAGCGGCGCCGUGGGCUCGCGCGAGGCGUGCGGCGUGCCUUUCAGUUGCUGCAGGAACAAACCCCAAGACAUUAUACGCAAUAAACAAUGUGGAUACGAUGUUAGGAAACCGACUUAUCAAUCGAGCGAGCGCGUGAUCCACGAGCGCGGGUGUCUCGCGGCCGGUGAAGAUUGGCUGCAGCGUAACUUCGUCCCCGUGGCCGCCGCCGUACUAGGACCCUUAGCGUUGAAGAGUUUUGACAUAGCUAAGAUAAUAUAUGACAAGGGUUGCCUUGAGGCCGCCGAAGAGUGGUUCGACAAUAAUCUGUUGAUAGUAGCCACGUCUGCUGUUUGUACCGCUUUUGCACAAAUUCUCGGAAUAUGUUUCGCUCAAAAUCUUAGAGCGGACAUAUUCGCGCAGAAAGCGAAGUGGUAC